UUAAAUAAAUGGCAACUUUUUUCUGCCAGGUGGCAACUGUGGCUGUGACUCGGCAUCAUUUUCGUCAAGCGUCAAACAAAAUAAGUGAGAAAUUGUAAAACAAUUGAAAUUCAGCUGUAAGCUACAAAAAAAUACGAAAAAUGUCUGCGCCCGACAAAGAAAAGGAUAAGGAAGAGUCCAAUCAAAAAAGUGAAGACUUGGGGUUACUAGAGGAGGAUGAUGAGUUCGAAGAGUUUCCUGCUGAAGAUUUUCGGGUGGCCGACGAUGUGGAGGAGCCCAACGUGUGGGAGGAUAACUGGGACGACGAUAAUGUGGAAGAUGAUUUCAGUCAACAAUUAAAAGCACAUUUGGAGAGCAAGAAAAUGGAAACAUGAUUUGGCCAACGUUCGUACCUAACCCAACAAUGAGCGUAAACAGUUUACAAUUAGAAAUAAACAAAUGGAUAUAUUAAGAUAAA